GCUUGUGGAACAGUAUUGCGUGGCUCAGCAGAAGUUUUUUUUUUAAUUGUUUUAUUGCAAGGUAUCUGGGGACUGAAGCAUAGUAAUGCGUCCAUUAAGUGAAAUUUAAAGGUCGUGUGAGUGAGGAAGAUUUGGUCAUUAGUGCGUAUCGCUUACUUGAACUAAAAGCUGCGAAUCCGUUCUAUUUAGAGAGUGAGGUGAUUGUGACUAAAAAUCUCACAGUUCGUACUGAAACGUAGUGCCGCUCAAAUAUACAAAGUUCAUCGAACCUUUUUUUCGAGAUAUAACAAGGACUGUAGUUAGGCCAAAAGUGGGCAGCAUCCGCAAGUGUUCAAAGAACCGCCAAUAAAAUGAAGAAUUUGGCUUUUGGUGCAGUUGUACUCACAUUCAUUUUAUCAGUCUACGGCCAAGAGUGCGUCACCGAAAAUAAUCGAAUAGAUUGCUUUCCAUUCGGAUCAGUUACCGAAGCCAGUUGCUUAGCGAAAGGAUGCAUUUACUGCAGUGCCAGUUCGGCCAAAGGUACACCACCCUCUUGCCACCUGCCACUGAACUACGGAUACGUUAACGAUGGAUCGGUGUUGGAAAUUCCCGGCGGAUACCGAGUGAAUCUAAGACGAGCGAUGAAUAUUUCGUAUGUUGGCGGUGACGCUGAGAAAAUUUCGAUUUUCUUUUACACGGAGUACAAUGAACGGCUCAGAAUUAAGAUUACAGACAACACCGAUCGCUACGAAGUGCCUCUGGACAUAAAUCAACCGAUCGAAACGGUUCCGGGCAAUCGACUCUAUCGCCUCGAGUACUCUAACGAUCCCGUAUUCUCAUUCAAAGUGAUACGGGUGUCGAGCGGAGUAGCCGUAUUUGAUACAUCGCUUGGCGGGUUCACUUUUGCCGAUCAGUUCAUUCAGAUUGUUAAUAAGGUUCCGUCCACCUUUGGUUACGGCAUUGGUGAGAAUGAACAGUCCACCUACAAACAUGACUUUAGCAAAUGGCAAGUGUUCGGUCUGUAUACGAGAGAUAAUGUUCCGGAUGGCAACACGAAUAUUUACGGCGUUCAUCCCACCUAUACCAUGGUUGAGAAUGACGGAAACACUCACACCGUUCUAUACCUUAACAGCAAUGCACAAGAAUUCGUUCUAACGCCCGCACCGUCAUACAUAUACCGAACGAUAGGCGGACUGCUUGACAUUUAUAUAUUUAUGGGACCAACGCCUGAAGAAGCCACUGCCCAGUAUCAUCAAGCUGUCGGACCGCAACCAAUUCCUGCUUAUUGGUCGUUAGGUUUCAAUCUUUGCCGAUGGAGUUACAAUUCAGUGGCCAAUAUGCGAGCCACUAUUGAUAGACUAGCAGCUGCUGGUAUUCCACAGGAUGUCCAAUUCGGCGAUUUGGACAUAAUGUACGAUUGGCUGACCUUUACCUACGACGAGAACAACACUUACAACGAUUACGCCGAGCUGCCGGCAUUUAUUCGCGAAUUGAAAUCGAAAGGAAUUCAUUUCGUUCAGAGUGUGAAUUCACAGAUAUCGUCAGAGGACCGCCGACUAGCUGAUUACGAACCGUUAAAGCUUGGAAAUGAAAUGGAUGUCUGGGUAAAGCGUCCGGAUGGCUCUAUUUCCACUGGUACACUUUGGCCAGGUGGCGAUGGAAAUGGAUGGUCAAAGCCUGCUGGACCUGGCCAAGGAGGUCCAGUUUAUUUUGCUGAUUUUUCUCGUCCUUCAACUGUCGACUGGUGGUACACCAUCUGUAACAGUUACAGAGAAAAACUAGAAUGGGACGGCCUAUGGCUAGUAAGUUUCCAAUCAAAUUGA